AUGGGUAGCAAUUGUUCAUCCAAUUAAUAAGUUUCAGAAAGAAGUACAAUCAUGAGAUAAGAUUCAUUUUUUGAUAAUGGCAGAAUUGCAAAACCUCAAAUGGAUAGUAUGAUAGGAGCAAGUUAAUUGACAUAAAUGGAAAUCCCAAAUGCUUAAUUGAGAUCCCCGACUAAACCUAACAUAUCCAAACAAAAUGAAAUUAAAUCUUUAGUUAGAGUUCCUUCAGAAGAAAGCUUAUUUCAAAAAGAAUUUAUCUAAAUUAAAGAAAGCAAAAAAUAAACCAAUCCUAAGUCUGAAACAGCUAUUCAACCUAAAUUACAGAUCAAUUUGCAAGUUUAAAAAUAACGAUAUCGUUAAUAAAACCAAUAAGAAAGCCCUAAAUUUUAAUCAUCUACUAAAAAAAAAAGGUUAUAAGAAAAAAGCCAAUCUCAUUCGCCUCUCUAAAAUCAAUAGGUUCCAAAGGAGAAAUCAAAGAAAAAUAGAGAAUCUCUAAAAAAUUCUCAUAGGCAUAUCGAGAAAAUAGCUCCAAAAAGAAAAUACUCUGAUUUACCUGAGAAAAAAGAUAAAGUUUAAUAAGUUAGAAGAAAGAUAAGCGAUAUUUGCGAUGAUCAUGCAUACAUUAUUGGAUUAGAUAGUCCUACUAAAUUUAGGUCGUUAACUCCAAAUUCAAUUUUAAAAAGAAAAGAAUCGGAAAUUGAAACCAAUUCUCCUCAAAAAAAGUAAGUCAGAUUCAAGGAUUAAAGAUAAAAAAAUCUUAUUUGUACCUGA